AUGGCGGCGCCCAGCUGGAGGAGCGGCGGCCGCGCGUGGGCCGCACUGGUGCCCGCGGCCCUGCUGUGCCUGGCGGCCCGGGCGGCCGCGGGACCGGGCACGGCCCCGGGAGCGGCCUCGAGCACGGCCGAGUUCGACGUGCGGCCCGGCGGGGAGGUUCACUCCUUCUCCCGGAGCCUGGGGGAUUACAGCUGCUCCUUCACCUACUCGGCCCAGGGCGGCACCAACGAGCAGUGGCAGAUGACGGUCGGAGUGAGCGAGGACAGCGCGCUCUUCUCGUGCUCCAUCUGGAGGCCCCAAGGGAAGUCUUAUCUGUUCUUUACCCAGUUUAAAGCUGAAGUGAAAGGAGCCAAGAUAGAGCAUGCCAUGGCUUAUUCUCAGGCUGCUGCGGGUGCCCUCAACGACAUCCCCCUAAAGCAGGAGGAGUUUGGGGUCACUGAAACCACAGUGUCCCACAGGGAAGGCAAGUUCCGUUUCGAGCUGUCCAAGCUGAUGAUUGUGGCAAAAUCCCCCCGUGACGAGCUGUGAGCCCAGGCCAGCCCUGGGCAGGGGCCACGGCCACACCAGCACGGCAGGGAAGGCAUUUCCUGCAUUUCCUGCAGGGUUUUCCUUUGGUUGGCCAAACCUUUUAUGUUUUCCACACUGCAAUGUGCUGGGGACCGACACGAGUGGGGGCUUGGAGGGCUGGGGACAGAUUUGUUCUGCCUUGUGUCAGAGUCACAGCCCAGGAGGCUCCUGAUCCUGCUGUGCCCCUUCCUGCCUGGCUCUGCAAAGGGGCUCCUUAUCUGCCUGCCUGGCAAGAGCAGUGCAGGGAGAUAAGGGGCUGGGCUUAAGCAGGGCUUGCUAAAGGGAGGUUUUAACUCUGUGGUCCCUGGAGGGGAGGUGGGAUUGCUCUCUCCACCAGGAAAUCAUUAAUUCAGGGGGAGGGAGGGGACUGGGCAAAGCUCUGACUCCGUGCUGAGUGUGGGGCUGGGCUGGGGGAAGGCAGAGCAGCUCAUUCUGACACAAUCAGGAAUCAAUCCAGGCAUCACUUCCACGUGUCAGCACAACCACGGGACCUCUUUUAUACCUACAGGAAAAUGGUUUUUUUUUUUUCUUAUCCAGAGUAAUAACAGGGAAUGUGCAAUUCCUUUCCUGUGUAAAUACAGCGCAAAUAAAGAAAUAAAGCAUCGUG